AUGCCGUCGGUUUCGAAAGCGGCGGCGGCGGCGCUGAGCGGGUCCCCCCCGCAGACGGAGAAGCCGACCCACUACAGGUAUCUAAAGGAGUUUAGGACAGAGCAGUGCGCCCUGUUUGUGCAGCACAAGUGCGCCCAGCACAGGCCAUUUACCUGUUUCCAUUGGCAUUUCCUAAAUCAGCGUCGGCGCAGACCGCUCCGCAGGCGGGACGGCACCUUCAACUACAGCCCGGACGUGUACUGCUCCAAGUACGACGAGGCCAGCGGCGUGUGCCCCGACGGCGACGAGUGUCCGUACCUGCACCGGACGACUGGGGACACUGAGCGCAAGUACCACCUGCGUUACUACAAGACGGGCACGUGCAUUCACGAGACGGAUGCCCGGGGCCACUGUGUGAAGAACGGGCUGCACUGCGCCUUUGCUCACGGCCCGCUGGACCUGCGGCCACCCGUGUGCGACAUCAGGGAGCUCCAGGCCCAGGAAGCCUUGCAGAACGGCCAGCUCUGUGGUGUGGAUGGCAUCCCUGACCUGCAGCCCGGGGUCUUGGCCAGCCAGGCCAUGAUUGAGAAGAUCCUGGGUGAGGACCCCCGGUGGCAAGACACUAACUUCGUGCUGGGCAGCUACAAGACGGAGCAGUGCCCAAAGCCCCCGCGCCUGUGUCGCCAGGGCUACGCGUGUCCGCACUACCACAACAGCCGGGACCGACGGCGAAACCCCAGGAGGUUCCAGUACAGGUCCACCCCGUGUCCCAGCGUGAAGCACGGUGACGAGUGGGGCGAGCCUGCAAGGUGUGACAGCGGGGACAGCUGUCAGUACUGCCAUUCCCGCGCGGAGCAGCAGUUCCACCCCGAGAUCUACAAAUCCACCAAGUGCAACGACAUGCGCCAAACCGGUUACUGCCCGCGGGGUCCCUUCUGCGCCUUCGCACACGUGGACAAGAGCCUCGGGAUGGCCAAUGGCUGGGGCUGCCGAGACCUGGCCCCCGCCCCCACCAGCAGCUCCGCGGCCAGCAGCGGCCAGCCCGCACACGCAAAGCGGAGAGAGGCCCCUGCUGAGGGCAGCCACCGGCCCAGCGAGCAGGACAGCAAGCAGAACCACCUGUCAGUGUCCGCAGUGGCUCACCCGCUCGCCCCCAGCGUGGGUUCCAGCGUGGCGUCCAGCCUGGCGUCCAGCGCCGGCUCCGGCAGCUCCUCUCCGACCACCCUGCCCACCCUCCCGGCCCGCGCCCACCCGCUCGAGCCCCCCGGCGGUGCUGCCGAGCCCCCCCCAGGUUCUGCUCUGGAGCUUCAUCUCUGUGACGUCGGCCUCACAGCCCUAGACAGAGAGCUGGAAGAGCAUGACAGCGGCGAUCUGGGCCCGGCAGGUCCGAGGUCGCUGGGGGGCUCGGCACCUGUCAGCAUCCCGGGCUGCCUGCCCCGCUCCCCAUCCCUGCACUCGUCCUCAUCGCUGUCCACCUCCCCGCUGAGCUCGCUCUCCCAGUCCCUGUCGGGGCCACUCGUCUCCUCAGCCAUGACGCCCCCCCAGCAGCCGCCGGCCCUCAGAUCGGAGCCCGGAGCGCUGGGCUCCUCGGCUGCAUCCUACAGCUCCUUAGGCUUGAACGGCGUCCCCGGGAGCAUCUGGGACUUUGUUUCCGGCAGCUUCUCUCCCAGCCCGUCCCCCAUUCUGAGCACCGGCCCUGCCCCGUCCUCAAGUGCGAGUCCGAACGGCGCGGAGCUGGCCCGCGUCAGGCGGCAGCUGGACGAGGCCAAGAGGAAGAUCAGGCAGUGGGAGGAGUCCUGGCAGCAGGUGCAGCAGGCCUGUGACGCAUGGCGGCGGGAGGCGAAGGAGGCGAAGGAGCGGGCUCUGGCCGCAGACAGUGCACGGGACCUGGCGCUGCAGAAGAAGGAGGAGGUGGAGGCCCAGUUCCGGCGGCUCCGGGAAGAGCUGGAGGGCCGGGGGCUGCAGCGCUGUGCCGACCUGGGCGCCGUUCCUCUCCCCAAGCUGCACUCCCUGCAGAGUCAGCUGCGCCUGGACUUGGAAGCCGUGGAUGGGGUGAUCUUCCAGCUGCGAGCGAAGCAGUGCGCCGUGUGCCGGGAGCGGGCCCGCGACGCUGUCCUCCAGCCCUGCCAGCACCGCGUGCUCUGUGAGCCGUGCGCCGCGGGCGCGCCCCCCUGCCCCUACUGUGAGGGUCAGCCCCUCCCGUGGUGA